CUCACUCUGUGCCGCUGCCCGGGGGCUGUAGUGACCGCGCCGCUCCUGCUGGGGGCUGCCCACGCCAAGGUCCUGCCUCUGUUGCCUCCUCUCCCACCGCCCAGUUUCCCUGGAAAUAACAUCCCCCAAGAUGGCAGACGAGAGCAGCAGUACCAGGGAGUGCAUGUCCUUCAGCGUGCUGAACUGGGAUCAGGUUAGCCGGCUGCAUGAGGUGCUGACUGAGGUCGUCCCAAUCCAUGGACGAGGCAACUUUCCCACCUUGGAGAUAACUCUGAAGGACAUUGUUCAGACCGUCCGCAGCCGGCUGGAGGAGGCAGGCAUCAAAGUGCAGGACGUCCGGCUGAAUGGCUCUGCGGCUGGCCACGUCUUGGUUAAAGACAAUGGCUUGGGUUGCAAGGACCUGGACCUCAUCUUUCACGUGGCUCUUCCAACAGAGGCAGAAUUCCAACUGGUCAGAGAUGUGGUUCUGUGCUCCCUUCUGAACUUCCUGCCUGAGGGUGUGAGCAAGCUCAAAAUCAGUCCAGUCACUCUUAAGGAGGCUUAUGUCCAGAAGCUGGUGAAGGUCUGCACGGACACUGACCGCUGGAGCCUCAUUUCCCUCUCCAACAACAAUGGGAAGAAUGUGGAGUUGAAAUUCGUUGACUCCAUCCGACGCCAGUUUGAGUUUAGCGUGGAUUCUUUCCAAAUCAUCUUGGAUCCUUUGCUUUUUUUCUAUGAUGACUCCAGUAACUCCAUCUCUGAGCACUUCCACCCCACAGUGAUUGGAGAGAGCAUGUAUGGGGACUUUGAGGAAGCCUUUGACCAUCUGCAGAACAGACUGAUCGCCACCAAGAACCCUGAAGAAAUCCGGGGUGGAGGACUGCUCAAGUACAGCAACCUUCUUGUGCGGGACUUCAGGCCCACAGACCAGGAAGAAAUAAAAUCUCUGGAGCGUUAUAUGUGUUCCAGGUUUUUCAUCGACUUUCCGGACAUCCUCGAACAGCAAAGGAAGCUGGAGACCUAUCUUCAAAACCACUUCGCGGAAGAAGAAAGAAGCAAAUAUGACUACCUCAUGAUCCUCCGCAGGGUGGUGAACGAGAGCACCGUGUGCCUCAUGGGGCACGAACGCAGGCAGACCCUGAACCUCAUCUCCCUCCUGGCCUUGCGCGUGCUGGCGGAACAAAACAUCAUCCCCAACGCCACCAACGUCACCUGUUACUACCAGCCAGCCCCUUAUGUCAGUGAUGGCAACUUCAACAACUACUAUGUUGCCCAUCCUCCAGUUACCUACAGCCAGCCUUACCCCACCUGGCUGCCUUGUAACUAACCUUGAGACCUGAGGUUUCCACUGUGGGAACCCCAAUAAUUCAAGGGCUCUCAGGUAGGGGAGCCUCUUUCUAGAUGUAGGUGUUUGGCUUUUAAAGGGGAACUCACUUCUGAUUCUGCUUUUUUUUUUUUCCCUUUGUGUACCCAUUGGAAUGAGCCAACCCUAAAGGGACCCAUAUUCCAGUGCCAUUUUGGAAAAUGCUGUAGGAAGACUGAUCUAUCCACAUCUUUGCAACAUAGACACUAACAUGUCACGUCCCAGACAUUAGCACAUGGGGAUUUGAACUCUCUGCAAUGAUUGAGAUUGCGGCAAAGCUUGGGCAGUGCGUGAGAAGUGCUAAGCUAUUGAUCUUCCUUCUCACUGGAGCCUGGAGUGGGCCGCGUUGGCGCUCUCUCGGGAUAUUCGGCAGUCACUUGGAAGUUGUGCUGAUAGUCUAUUUUCUUGUGUUAAUUUUAAUCAGGCAGAAAAUGGUAAACAUAAGGGUGCACUAGUGAUUUACUUUUUGUUUAUCCCCAUCAGCAGAGCUGAGGGUUUCCUUGAUCAAUAAACCAAAGCCAAUAGCUGGAGUAUUGAGAUCUUCUGGUUGGAAGUGGUUUAUGAUUUAGAUGAUGUGUUGUCACAAGGGAUUGUGUGGAAUUAUCAAGGGGGGGGGAAUGACCUGAGUUUUUUGAAAUGUAACUUGAAAACAAAAUGUGGAAC